GCUGGCGGUGGGCGGGGCGGCGCGCAGCGCGCGUGCGCGGUGACGCGCGGGGCCGUGCCCGCUAUAUGAGCCCCGGCCGGCGCUGACUCGGCCCUUUCCGCCCUGCUCCCGCCCCGCGCCCGGGUCGCUGCGCUGAGACCCCGCGCCCCCGCCGCCCCCCGCCGCCGCCAUGAUCAUCUACCGGGACUGCAUCAGCCAGGAUGAGAUGUUCUCGGACAUCUACAAGAUCCGGGAGGUGGCGGACGGCCUGUGCCUGGAAGUGGAGGGGAAGAUGGUCACCAGGACAGAGGGUCAAAUUGAUGACUCUCUAAUUGGUGGCAAUGCCUCUGCUGAAGGUCCUGAGGGAGAUGGAACAGAAGCCACGGUCAUAACUGGUGUUGACAUAGUAAUUAACCACCACCUUCAGGAGACCAGCUUCACAAAAGAAUCCUACAAGAAGUACAUCAAGGAUUACAUGAAAGCAAUCAAAGCCAGACUUGAGGAACACAAGCCAGAGAGAGUAAAGCCUUUCAUGACUGGGGCUGCAGAACAAAUCAAACACAUCCUUGCCAACUUCAAAAAUUACCAGUUCUUUGUAGGGGAGAACAUGAAUCCAGAUGGAAUGGUGGCUCUCCUGGAUUUCCGUGAGGAUGGUGUGACCCCAUAUAUGAUUUUCUUUAAGGACGGCUUAGAAAUCGAGAAAUGUUAACAAAUCAAACAGUAUGGUUUUGGAUCACUUGUCUUCAUAGCUGGCUGCUGUUCUUCUUCAUCGGCACAACACCAGGAAUCAGCAAUGUCUAACAACUGGACUGAUGUCAUCUUGAGCUUUAUUCACUUAUUUUUGACCCUGAUUUGGAGUGGAGGCAUUGUUUUCAAAAACAAAACAUCUAUCAUGUAGGUUGUCUAAAAUAAAACUCAUUUAAACCCA